UGUGGUGUCGUAAAGAAUCCAACAUGGCGACUGCAAUGACAGGACGUGGUCUUAUUAGGAGUUUAUGUGGACUGUUGCAAACAAGGUUACAGGUUCUGGGCACUGGCCCUCUGCAGCUCUCAUGUCUCCACACCAGCAGUUCACUAGAAUCAAAGAGGUGGGAGAGGAAGAACCUGAAAGUUUAUCCGCCUCAGCUGCCAGAUGAACCUCCCAGACCAGCAGAGGUCCACCACAGCAGGAGGCAGAUCAAAUACAGCAAAGAUAAGAUGUGGUACCUGGCUAAAAUGAUCGAAGGGUUGAGCAUCGAUGAGGCCGUGGCACAGCUGGAGUUCAACGACAAGAAAGGAGCAAAAAUCAUGAAAGAGGUCCUUCUUGAGGCUCAAGAGAUGGCGGUCAGGAAUCACAACGUCGAGUACAAAUCCAACCUGUAUGUAGCCCAGUCAAACACCGGCAAAGGAAAGUACCUGAAGCGGAUCCGGUACCACGGCCGGGGCAGGUUCGGCAUCAUGGACAAAGUCUACUGUCAUUAUUUUGUCAAGCUGGUGGAGGGUUCGCCGCCCAAGAAGGAGACGAAGACGGGCUUCGACCAGGCCAAAGAGUACGUCCAGAACCUGAAGGACCGAACCAUCAUCCACAGUCUGUAGACUCCUGUGUUCCCAAGAUUUAAUGUGUGUUUCAUGCGAUACUUGUAAAUAAAAACGUGAAUGAAUGAGA